CCGGGUUGGUCCCGGGGAGGUGGGAGGAGGCGGCGUUUCCGGCCGCCGUCGCUGUCCAGGGAGGCUGAGGCGAGAGGUAGCUGUCCGGGUGGGGAGCCCGCACUACCUUCUUCCUCUUCCUCCUCCUCCGGGUGAGGGGAGCGAAGGUUGGGGGUCCCCGAGCCCAUGGACCAGGAGGAGGCGGAGGCCGCCGAAAGCCGGGGCCCCGCUAUGUGGCCCUGAGCCCCGUGUACUGGUUCUGCCUGUCUGGAGGGCCAUGGAGAAGAGGCUGGGAGUCAAGCCAAAUCCUGCUUCCUGGAUUUUAUCAGGAUAUUAUUGGCAGACAUCUGCGAAGUGGUUGAGAAGCCUGUACCUGUUUUAUACUUGCUUUUGCUUCAGCGUUCUGUGGUUGUCAACAGAUGCCAGUGAGAGCAGGUGCCAGCAGGGGAAGACACAAUUUGGAGUUGGCCUGAGAUCUGGGGGAGAAAAUCACCUCUGGCUUCUUGAAGGAACCCCCUCUCUCCAGUCGUGUUGGGCUGCCUGCUGCCAGGACUCUGCUUGCCAUGUCUUUUGGUGGCUAGAAGGGAUGUGCAUUCAGGCAGACUGCAGCAGGCCCCAGAGCUGCCGGGCUUUUAGGACACACUCCUUCAAUUCCAUGCUGGUGUUUUUAAAAAAAUUCCAAACUGCAGAUGAUUUGGGCUUUCUACCUGAGGAUGAUGUACCACAUCUUCUGGGGCUAGGUUGGAACUGGGCAUCUUGGAGGCAGAGCCCACCCAGAGCUGCACUCAGACCUGCUGUAUCUUCCAGUGACCAGCAGAACUUAAUCAGGAAGCUUCAGAAGAGAGGUAGUCCCAGUGAAGUAGUUACACCUAUAGUGACACAGCAUUCUAAAGUGAAUGACUCCAACGAAUUAGGUGAUGUGACUACCAGUGGCUCUGCAGAGGUCCACAAGGCGAUUACAAUUUCCAGUCCCCUAACCACAGACCUGACUGCAGAGCUGUCUGGUGGGCCAAAGAAUGUAUCAAUGCAACCUGAAAUAUCAGAGGGUCUUGCUACUACGCCCAGCACUCAACAAGUAAAAAGUUCUGAGAAAACCCAGAUUGCUGUCCCCCAGCCAGUGGCUCCCUCCUUCAGUUAUGCUACCCCUACCCCGCAGGCCUCUUUCCAGAGCACCUCAGCACCAUACCCAGUUAUAAAGGAACUGGUGGUAUCUGCUGGAGAGAGUGUCCAGAUAACCUUGCCUAAGAAUGAAGUUCAAUUAAAUGCAUAUGUUCUCCAAGAACCACCUAAAGGAGAAACCUACACCUACAACUGGCAGCUGAUUACUCAUCCUAGAGACUACAGUGGAGAAAUGGAAGGGAAACAUUCCCAGAUCCUCAAGCUAUCGAAGCUCACUCCAGGCCUGUAUGAAUUCAAAGUGAUUGUAGAGGGUCAAAAUGCCCAUGGUGAAGGCUAUGUGAACGUGACAGUCAAGCCAGAGCCCCGUAAGAAUCGGCCCCCCGUUGCUAUCGUGUCACCUCAGUUCCAGGAGAUCUCUUUGCCAACCACUUCUACAGUCAUUGAUGGCAGUCAAAGCACUGAUGAUGAUAAAAUCGUUCAGUACCAUUGGGAAGAACUUAAGGGGCCUCUGAGAGAAGAGAAGAUUUCUGAAGAUACAGCCAUAUUAAAACUAAGUAAACUUGUCCCUGGGAACUACACUUUCAGUUUGACUGUAGUAGACUCUGAUGGAGCCACCAACUCUACUACUGCAAACCUGACAGUGAACAAAGCUGUGGAUUACCCCCCUGUGGCCAACGCAGGCCCCAACCAAGUGAUCACCCUGCCCCAAAACUCCAUCACCCUCUUUGGGAACCAGAGCACUGAUGAUCAUGGCAUCACCAGCUAUGAGUGGUCACUCAGCCCAAGCAGCAAAGGGAAAGUGGUGGAGAUGCAGGGUGUUAGAACACCAACCUUACAGCUCUCUGCGAUGCAAGAAGGAGACUACACUUACCAACUCACAGUGACUGACACAAUAGGACAGCAGGCCACUGCUCAAGUGACUGUUAUUGUGCAGCCUGAAAACAAUAAGCCUCCUCAGGCAGAUGCAGGCCCAGAUAAAGAGCUGACCCUUCCUGUGGAUAGCACAACCCUGGAUGGCAGCAAGAGCUCAGAUGAUCAGAAGAUUACCUCAUAUCUCUGGGAAAAAACACAGGGACCUGAUGGGGUGCAGCUCGAGAAUGCUAACAGCAGUGUUGCCACUGUGACUGGGCUGCAAGUGGGGACCUAUGUGUUCACCUUGACGGUCAAAGAUGAGAGGAACCUGCAAAGCCAGAGCUCUGUGAAUGUCAUUGUCAAAGAAGAAAUAAACAAACCACCUAUAGCCAAGAUAACUGGGAAUGUGGUGAUUACCUUACCGACGAGCACAGCAGAGCUGGAUGGCUCUAAGUCCUCAGAUGACAAGGGAAUAGUCAGCUACCUCUGGACUCGAGAUGAGGGGAGCCCAGCAGCAGGGGAGGUGUUAAAUCACUCUGACCAUCACCCUAUCCUUUUUCUUUCAAACCUGGUUGAGGGAACCUACACGUUUCACCUGAAAGUGACUGAUGCAAAGGGUGAGAGUGACACAGACCGGACCACUGUGGAGGUGAAACCUGAUCCCAGGAAAAACAACCUGGUGGAGAUCAUCUUGGAUAUCAACGUCAGUCAGCUAACUGAGAGGCUGAAGGGGAUGUUCAUCCGCCAGAUUGGGGUCCUCCUGGGGGUGCUGGAUUCCGACAUCAUUGUGCAAAAGAUUCAGCCGUACACGGAGCAGAGCACCAAAAUGGUAUUUUUUGUUCAAAACGAGCCUCCCCACCAGAUCUUCAAAGGCCAUGAGGUGGCAGCGAUGCUCAAGAGUGAGCUGCGGAAGCAAAAGGCAGACUUUUUGAUAUUCAGAGCCCUGGAAAUCAACACUGUCACAUGUCAGCUGAACUGUUCCGACCAUGGCCACUGUGACUCGUUCACCAAACGCUGUAUCUGUGACCCUUUUUGGAUGGAGAAUUUCAUCAAGGUGCAGCUGAGGGAUGGAGACAGCAACUGUGAGUGGAGCGUGUUAUAUGUUAUCAUUGCUACCUUUGUCAUUGUUGUUGCCUUGGGAAUCCUGUCUUGGACUGUGAUCUGUUGUUGUAAGAGGCAAAAAGGAAAACCCAAGAGGAAAAGCAAGUACAAGAUCCUGGAUGCCACAGAUCAGGAAAGCCUGGAGCUGAAGCCAACCUCCCGAGCAGGCAUCAAACAGAAAGGCCUGGUGCUAAGUAGCAGCCUGAUGCACUCCGAGUCAGAGCUGGACAGCGACGACGCCAUCUUUACAUGGCCAGACCGAGAGAAGGGCAAACUCCUGCAUGGUCAGAAUGGCUCUGUACCCAACGGGCAGACCCCUCUGAAGGCCAGGAGCCCGCGGGAGGAGAUCCUGUAGCCACCUGGUCUGUCUCCUCAGGGCAGGGCCCAACACACUGCCUGGCCAGUCCUCCUACCUCCCGAGUCUGUGGGCAGCUGCUGUCCCAGCAUCUGCUGGUCAUUUCACCCUGACAGCCCCAACCAGAACCCCUGGGACUUGAAUCCAGAGACAUCCUCCAGGAAUCCCUGAACGAAGCUGUGAAUGAAGAGGUUUCCUCUUUAAACCUGUCUGGUGGGCCCCCAGAUAUCCUCACCUCAGGGCCUCCUUUUUUUGCAAACUCCUCCCCUCCCCCGAGGGCCAGCUCCUGGCCUCUGCAGCUCCUCGGUGGGCAGGGUCACUGUGCCCGGAGUGCUGCAGGGCGAGGCCUGCUGUGCUGCCCGCACACCUGAGUGCAAAACCAAGCACUGUGGGCAUGGCGUUUCCUUCUCUGGGGUAGAGUACACCCUCUCGCUAGGCAAAGAGGAAGUGGCACCCCUCCCCUCACCACAGAUGCUGAGAUGAUAGCAUAUAAAUGAUAUCUGGCCCCCCUUAACACUGGAGCCCCACUCCCUUCUCCCAUCCGGCCCGAGAUUAGGGAGGAUUGACUGUGUCAGGGAUGGCGGGUGGCCUCUCUCGCUGCCAGGGCCCUUGUCAGAGCAGCCAGGCUGGACAGACGGCCUCCCUCCUCUCCAUCUGACCGGCACCUGCUGCUUCGGGGCUCAGGCCACCGCUCCCUGUCCCCAGAGGAGAUAGCCCCAGAUGGACUGGAAUGUUGUGGCAUGAGAGCGCAUGUGUGCGACGGCCCCACCUUAGUCCCCUUUGUCCCUCCAUCUGUGUGUUUUCUCUCUGUGUCCCUUGCAUGUGUGCGUGUUAGAGUGAGCGCGUAUGCAUCAACUCAUUGGGCUCUUGGCUGCUCACAAGGCAACUUUGACUUGGAAAGACUUUCAGCUCCUUGGAACCAAGACUUCCUGAGUCCCCCUCGCCUUGGCUCUUUUCCACCAUGGUUAUCUGGGUGUUGGGGAAUGGAAACUUUGGGGGAGUGACUUUUUAAAGAGACACUUACAAUUUCUACUACUGCACUACUGUCCAUUGUGGGAUGAUUAAACAUGGUAUUUAACUGUG